AUGUCUCGGCACUGUCGGCGGAAACCGGUCAUGAGGCCGUCCCAAGCCACGAUCAGUAAAUUCUUCAAACCGCAGGGAAGCGGGAGCAGCCAGCCGGCACGCGCCGCCUCUCCAAAGGGUGAUGAAUCAGAUGAAGAAAUUGUCAUAAAGAGAGCAAAGAAUAACCAAGGAAAUGACGAACAGAAGAGGUGUGAAAGGAUGAUAAUAUCUCAUCACACGCUGCAUAGACUGAGAGAGUUCAGCAGCGAGUCUGGAAAUACCGAGAAUGACUGCCAUCAGUUUAAAAUCCCUGAUUUCUUGGCACCGUGGCCUGGCUUCAAGGAUGGGCAGACAAAAGUGGAAAGCGCAGUGCAAGAUGGAGACUCGCGUUCUGAUCAUGGGGAUGAAAAAUGUAGAAUUGAGACAUUUUCUUCUGCAAAACAGAAUGGAAAAUCUGCAAAUCUAGAAAUGAAAACUCCCAACCGGAGAACAAAAAGCAUCUACACUCCUCUUGAAGAACAGUAUAUGGAAAUUAAAAGGCAGCACAAAGAUGCAAUUCUAUGCGUGGAAUGUGGCUACAAGUACCGGUUCUUUGGAGACGAUGCAGAGAUUGCAGCUCGAGAACUUAACAUUUAUUGCCACCCUGAUCACAACUUCAUGACGGCCAGCAUUCCCGCACAUCGUCUCUUUGUACAUGUCAGGCGGCUUGUUGCUAAGGGAUAUAAGGUUGGAGUUGUCAAGCAAAUGGAAACCGCAGCAUUAAAAGCUGUUGGUGAAAACAAAAGUUCCCUGUUUAGCAGACAGCUGACCGCACUGUACACAAAGUCCACGCUAAUUGGAGAAGAUGUCAGCCCGCUGAUAAAUCUAGAAGACUCUGUGGAUGUUGAGUCUGUCAUGACGGAUAUCCCAAACAGCUAUCUCUUGUGUAUCUUUGAAACAACCGACAAAGGGAAAAAUAAGAAGUCUGGUGAUUCCAUCUUCGGUUUGGUGGCGGUUCAGCCUUCUACAGGUGAAGUCAUAGUUGACAGUUUUUACGACUCCAAAUCACGCUCCGAGUUGGAGACUAGAAUAUUACGUUUGCAGCCAGUGGAAAUCAUUCUUCCUUCUGAGAUUUCUGACAGCACGGCAAGUCUGAUCAAAAGCAUAACUGCUGUCAGUGUACGAGACGACGAUCGGAUACGGAUUGAGAGAAUGGAAAACAUCUACUUUGGGUACAGUCAGGCUUUUCAGCUCGUCAGUGACUUUUAUGGAUGCCAAGCAACAGAUUCUCAAAGAUUGUCCCAAAUCCUGAAUUUAGAUAAGACUGUGAUUUGCUCCUUGGCAGCAGUGAUCAGAUACCUUAAAGAAUUUAAUUUGGAAAAGAUACUUCAUAGCCCAAGUAAUUUCACACAGAUGUCCAGUAAAACACAAUGUGUUAAAAUGAAUGGGACAACACUAAAGAACCUGGAAAUUUUACAAAAUCAAACUGAUUUGAAAACAAAGGGCAGCUUGAUCUGGGUUCUGGACCAUACCAAAACAUCAUUUGGGAGAAGAAAACUGAGACAAUGGGUGACACAGCCACUAACCAGUUCAAGUGACAUUAAUUCAAGGCUUGAUGCUGUAUCUGAAAUCUUGUCAUCAGAAAGCAGCGUAUUCAGCCAAAUUCAUGGCUGUCUGUCUAAGCUACCGGAUUUGGAGAGGGGAAUGUCCAGUAUUUAUCACAAAAAAUGCUCCCCUCAGGAAUUUUUCUUGGUAGUAAGCACAUUGUGCUAUCUGGACAGUCACAUCGAGCCAUUGAUUCCGGCCAUAAAAUCCCAAGUUAAAUCCACUUUGUUGCAGAAGAUUUUCCUUGAAAUCCCACAGAUGCUCAACCCGGUACAGAAAUUUGCAAAAGUUGUGAAUGAAGAAGCAGCAAAGGCUGGAAAUAAAACGGAACUUUUUAAGGACCUCACUGAUUUUCCAAAAAUAAAGCAGAGGAAGACCGAGAUUCAGGAAGUGGUUGAAAAAUUGCACGGGCAUUUAGGUGACAUCCGUAAAAUAUUAAAGAACCCCUCCGUGUGUUAUACGUCUGUAUCGGGACAAGAGUUUUUAAUAGAAGUAAAGAAUUCAAUGUUGUCCUCUGUGCCAUCCAACUGGAUUAGCAUCAGCAGUACAAAAGCUGUGAGUCGUUUCCAUUCUCCCUUUAUUGUAGAAAAUUACAGACGUCUGAAUCAGCUGCGGGAGCAGUUAGUCCUCGACUGCAAUACUGAAUGGCUACGCUAUCUCGAUAAAUUUGGAGAACAUUAUCAUUCAGUGUCUAAAGCUGUUAAUCACUUAGCAACUGCUGACUGCCUCAUGUCUUUGGCUGAAGUGGCAAAACAUGGUGAUUACUGCAGGCCACUGGUACAUGACCAUUGCUGUCAAAUAGUCAUUAAAAAUGGCCGCCAUCCUAUAGUUGACUUGCUACUGGAAGAACAAAAUCAGUAUGUUCCUAACAGCACAAGCCUGACAGCAGAUGAGGAAAGGGUAAUGAUUAUCACAGGUCCCAACAUGGGAGGAAAGAGCUCCUACAUCAAGCAGGUUGCUCUGAUUACAAUCAUGGCCCAAAUUGGCUCUUACGUUCCUGCAGAAGAGGCCACUAUUGGUGUUGUGGAUGGAAUUUUUACAAGAAUGGGAGCAGCAGACAAUAUCUAUAAAGGUCGAAGCACGUUCAUGGAAGAGCUGUCAGAGACGGCAGACAUAAUCAAAUCUGCUACGUCACAGUCCCUGGUUAUCCUGGAUGAGUUGGGAAGAGGCACGAGUACGCAUGACGGUAUAGCCAUUGCUUAUGCCACGCUUGAAUUCUUUAUACGAGAUAUGGCAUCAUUAACACUGUUUGUGACACAUUACCCUCCAUUGUGUGAACUGGAAAAGGCCUACCCUGACCAUGUUGGAAACUAUCACAUGGCUUUUUUCGUUGACGAAGAGGAGAACACAGAAAGCGGAUCCGAUGUCUCCCAGCACCCGGAAUAUAUUACAUUUUUGUACCAGAUAACUAGAGGGGUAGCUGCAAGGAGCUAUGGAUUAAAUGUUGCUAAACUGGCAGAUAUCCCAGAGGAAGUGUUAAAGAAAGCAGCGUGUAAAUCCAAAGAGCUUGAGGAACUAGUAGAUACUAAAAGGAAGCAGAUGAAAGCUUUUCAGAAGGCAUGGAAUAUUCAUUGUUUUACAGAUCUUAAGGAAUGUCUGAAGAUAAGAGACUCAACACACUCGUAAUGUUGAGACAAGAGACCCCUUGUUGAGGGAAGUCUGAAAAAGAGUGUAGGAUCCAAAUUAAUAAUAAUGUCUCCACCAUGUGAAGCUGUUAUUUUCUUUACCUGUUUGCACUGACUCAUCACCUGUGUCAGAGUCUGCAGUAAACCCUUGGAGGCUAUUUGGCUGCCAACUUAUGUCUUACUAUGACUGCGAAGAGUAAACAUUAACCUUCAUAUCCCUCUGCCUGAAGACUAUAAUAAAGAGAAGAAGAAUUGGCAUUGUGACUGAAAGCAGGACAGACUCAUGCGAACAUUAUUUUUACCAUCUUAAUUAAAAAUCAGUACUGUGUAGACACGAACAAAAUAAACCAUGAUCAUAAUUCGGUUGGAAAAAAAACAACACACAACCUUACGUGUUUUAAAAUUUUACUUUUUUGUUAAUUUUGCAUGUAUAG